AUGUCCAUCCAUCACCGUGGCCUCGUCAGACCAUUAUUUCUGAUAUCUCAUCUCAUUUACCCGAUCCCCGGCCUCCACAAACCCGAUACUUCGAGCCCUCAGACCUUCCUCUGGACUUGCAACUGCUUCUCACCUCUUGGAAUCACCCACGGAAAGAGGUACGCUACCCUGCCGCCCGCCAUGGCCCAAUCGACCGCCCACCGCCGGCUGCUCAUGGAGUAUCGCGCCCUGACCAACAACCCCCCGGACGGCAUCACCGCCGGCCCCGUGUCCGAGGACGACAUGCUGCAGUGGGAGGCGCUGAUCGAGGGCCCCGAGGGCACGCCGUUCGAGGGCGGCGUCUUCCCCGCCGAGCUCAAGUUCCCCAAGGACUACCCGCUGUCGCCGCCGAGCAUGAAGUUCCUGGGCGAGAUCUUCCACCCGAAUGUAUACCCCAGCGGCCUGGUCUGCAUCUCGAUCCUGCACCCGGCCGGCGACGACCCGAACCACUACGAGCAGGCCUCGGAGCGGUGGAGCCCCAUCCAGUCGGUCGAGAAGAUCCUGAUCUCGGUUAUGAGCAUGCUGGCGGAGCCGAACGACGAGAGCCCGGCCAACGUCGAGGCCGCCAAGAUGUGGCGCGAGCGCCGGCCCGAGUACGAGAAGAAGGUGCGCGACAGUGUGCGUAGGAUGCUGGGGCUGUGA